UGAGGGGCCCGACAAGCGCAGAUGGGUGAGCGCAUCUAGGGUGCAAUUCCAAGCUAUACCCACCGGAAUCCAACUUUUGUUUUGCCAAUCGGAACUCAGAAUCCGGCGACUGAAAAAUUACACCAAAAUCGUCAAUAAAAGCUGAGAGACUCGGUCUUUCUCCUUCCCUUUCAGACCAUAUCGCUCCAAACAAGUCUACUUUCUCUCUCUAACCCAGAUCUUUCUCUCUCAUACUCUUUCUCUAUCACUUCACUCUGUCUCUUUCUCUCUCUCUCUACUGGUUGACUCCAAAACUCAAGCCCGGAAAGACCCAAAUCUCGGAUCAGACCUCGACGGCUGAAAUACUUGAAAAUUCGAUUGAGUUUUGGGCGAUGGGGUUCUCUCUCUCUCCUUUGCAAACCCCUACUCGCUUGCUCUGGAGUACUAGCUUCUUUCGCCACAAGAUCAUGAUCUUCUAAGACCUGAGGAGAGAAAUCGGGGGAGCUCACGAAAAGAAGAGAGAGAAAGAAGUCCGGUAAGCCGGAAUUCUUUUUCGGGAGAAGUUUUCUUUAGCUGAUCUGUUCAUGGCUUCGGGCCGUCUCAUCUUUAAUGCCUGUGGGGGCAAUAUGCUCUUCAUGGGAGCCAAUGACUCCCUUUACCAUGGAAUGAAUUUGGAUGACGAGGUGUAUGACGAGCACUUGCCGGAGAAGAAGCGGAGGCUGACUGCAGAGCAAGUGCACCUGCUAGAGAGGAGCUUUGAAUCGGAGAACAAGCUGGAGCCGGAGAGGAAGUCCCAACUGGCAAAGAAACUGGGACUUCAGCCGCGCCAAGUAGCCGUCUGGUUCCAGAAUCGCCGGGCUAGGUGGAAGACCAAGCAAUUGGAGAGGGAUUACGAUCUCCUCAAGUCCUCCUACGACUCGUUGAGGUCGGAUUACGAGACUCUCGUCAAGGAGAAAGAAAGGCUCAAAUCUGAGGUAGCUUCACUUGUAGAGAAGUUGCAAGCCAAGGAGAUAGGAGAGAGCGACAUAGGGUCCUCCUCUCCCCCUGAAGAAAUGAAACCCAUCAUGAGCUUCAAGAUUGAGGAAGGAUUGAGCUGUGGGACAGGUGGCAGCGCCGUAGUGGACGAUGACGGGGCUCACCUGAUCGAUAGUGGCAACUCUUGCUACCCCCCUCCGGACUAUGACCGUUGCCCGAGCCUCGAUGGCACACAGUCAGAGGAGGACGAGGAGGUGGCCGACGAGAAGAGGGGCCGACAUGAUCAAGACCUCUACUUCUCUGAGGUCUUCGGUAUAGAGACCGAGCACCAUGAUCAGCUAGGCUGGUUGGUCUGGUCUUAACCAGGCUGGUUGGUCUGGUCUUAAGGGUCUCUCUCUCAUUCUCUCUCUCUCACUUCCUAUUUACUAUAUACUAUACAUUUGUGUAUUUGUGCAUGUGACUAUAUGUCCAUUAUAUGGGACAAAGUGCUAGGUCCAAGAAAUAUAAGGUGUACGCAAGGUGAAAAACUAGAGUAAGAAUAUUGUGAAUCUCUCGUCUCUCCCUUUAUGUACUUACUAUUAUUAAGCAGGUCCUAGAGAAUGUCACCAUAGAAUGUAAGUAAAGGGGAAUGGGGAAGUGUACCCUCUUGUGUUCCAUGAAUAAAGUAAAACUUUUGGCA